AGUGGGUGUAACCAUUUGUUAGCUGAACACAACCGUUUCCGUAAACGUCACUUUGGCGGGAAGUAGUAACUCGUUUGUUAAAUACAGCACAAGCAGCAUUUUAAAAAAUGUGUUGACUUUUAUCCAGACAGCAGCACAAGUCAGCUAUAUAUGUAAUUAUAAAACAGCCGUUACGUGUCGCUAAUGCUAAGAUGUCUACUUCAUCUGUAUCCAAGGGCUGCUUCGUUUUCAAGCCAAGUGCCAAGAAGAAAAAGACACUCAGUUUGGAGGAUCAUUUCAUCCAUGGCUGUGAAGGUACUGAGAACAGUGAAAUGCGAUUCAAACUUUGUCAGGAUCUAUGGGACACAAUUAAAACGGACACAGAGGUUUUACAGGAUGAACUCAACAGGAACAUCUUGGACAGCUUGCUGGACUUCACGAGGAAGUGCUCUUCCACUCGCCAACACAGUGACUGGGCAUCACAGAUGAGGGCCAGUGAGAUUCCCACAGCGGCUCUUGUGCUCGGUGUGAAUGUCCCGGACCACGAUAUGACCUUCCAGGGUCUGUCUGAACUGCUCCAGCAGUCCGUCACUCCUCAUGUGGCCUCAGUGCAGGCCAAAGAGUGCGGAGCAUUGAAGCAUUUGAUGAAGAGGGUCCUGGAGAGAUUAAUGGGCGCUGUUGUGACUGUUGACGAUGAGGAGGAAGAGGAGGAGGUUGAGCAGACCAGUGCUCAGCUCCACAAUAGCGUGCACUGCUCCCUCAGUACACUCUGUGAUUGGUACAAUACAAAAUCAAAGAAAUCCUACACUGGUACUCCUGGAAAAAAGCGUAGCUCUCCUGUCAAAGACGAUCCACAGCAGCCUCCCCUUGUAAUUAUUUUCAAAGAUUUGGAGGCUUUCAACCCAAGAGUUCUUCAGGACUUCAUACUCAUCUGCAGCCGGUACAUUGAACGUCUUCCGCUGAUGUUCAUCUUUGGUAUCGCCACAUCACCCAGCACCAUCCAACACAUGCUGCCCCACUCGGUGUCCUCCCUGCUUUGCAUCGAGCUCUUCCAGUCCCUCUCCUGUACACAGCAUCUGGCCACAGUCAUAGACAAGUUUAUCCUGACAACGCACUUCCCCUUCAAGCUCAAUGGUAAAGUGAUGCAGGUGAUGAUCAGCAUUUUCCUCUACCACGAUUUCUCAGUGAGAAACUUCAUCAAGGGUGUUCAGCUGGCCCUGCUGGAGCACUUUCACUCUCAGCCUCUCAGUGUGCUGUGCUGUAAGAAUAAGGAGGCUCUGCUCAAUGUGAUGCAGCUUGGUCACCAAGACUUGGAGAGGAUCAGGCAGCUGCCAUCGUUCAAGAGGUAUAUAGAGAAGCAGGAACCUCAGGAACAAGUGAAUCUGUCAACAGAUGAUGCUCAUAUAAAGGAGGUUUGUCAGAGGCUAAUAAAAGACCUCCACAAAUAUCACAAAAACUAUUAUCCCAUCUUGAGAUGUCUCCACACUCUGACCUCCUCUUUGCCUCGAUACCCUCUCGGAAAACAGAUUAGAGAGCUCCAUUUAAUCUGCCUGGAGAAGAACGUAUGGGAGAAUGAAGAAUACCAGUCAGCCAUGAGGCUGCUGAAGAUGCUGGCCAAAGAUGAGCUGAUCACUUUGCUACAGAAGUGUGUGGAGAUUCUGCAGCUCGCCAAGUCCAAGAAUAUGACGAGCGCUCUCGUCCAGCUGGAAGAUGUGCUCGCCAAAUUUAAGCAGUUGGACGUAGCUGCAGAACCUCCCCCCAGUGUGGAAGACUGUAUCACCUCUCCAGUGAAAAAUCUUCAAAAGAAAACCGAUCUGUUCCAGCUGCAGAAGGCGCUGCUGGAGAUGAACGAGUCUCGGAGGUCCAAGAAACUGAGUCCGUUUGAGAUUCUGCGAAAUGAAGCUAUUGAGUUUAUCGACGGCUUAGUGAAGAGUCACCUGUCUCCCCCUGAGUCUCAGACACUGAAUGAGGUUUGCUACUACACUUCUUCUGCCACUGUGAGACGCCACCUGAACGCAACACCUCGCACCUCCAUUCAGACCGCACUCAACAGCCCUUACUAUUAUCUUCAGAAUGACCGCCUGAAGACUGAGGAUGGGACUGUCUCUAAUGCAGCUCCUGAUAUCUGCAUCGUGUACAAACUCCACCUGGAGUGCGGCAGGCUGAUAAACCUCUUCGACUGGCUGGAAGCCUAUGCCACUGUGGUUUCUGCUGCUGAGGGCAACAAUCCAGAUUUUGACAAUUUCGGGAAAGUGGAUGAUGUCAAACACGCUCGUUUCAUCAGAGCUGUGUCCGAGCUCGAAUUUCUGGGCUUCAUUAAGUCCACCAGGCAGAAGACUGACCACGUGGCUCGGAUCACCUGGGGAGGCUGCUGACCCAACUCUCAAAAAGAAACCACAUGCACACUUCUGUACAUGUGUGGCUGCAGUCUCCCUUUAUUUAAGAUCUUAUCAAACUUGACUUGGAUUUAUAUUUUGUACUGCAUUUUUCCCUCCAAUAAAAUAUAUGCCAGUAGUUUUCUGAUAA